AUGUCAAGCAAAGAUGAUAAUAGGCGAAACGACAUCAAAAAUAAUCACCCAUCAUUCUUUUCGAUCGCAAAAGCCAAAGAUUGCGGCAUGACGGAUCCAAUCGACCUUGCUCAUAUUCAAGAAAGAGUAAUCGAAAUAGUCAAAGAACACAGAAAUGGUGUGAUACUUAGCGAAAUACCCAAACUGUAUUUUGAUAAGUAUGAUCGCGCUCUCGUGUAUCAAGGAAAACUGUCAGUCGCGUUGCCGGAAAAUAUCCGUGAAAUAAAACUCGAACAAC